AGUGCCACCAACCCAAAAACCCAAACACAAACAAUUCGUAUCCUUCCCUUCCUACUUGAACCAUUGAGGUUGGGAUAGGCGGCAAUGCCACUUCAACAAAGAACACUCCUUUGAGAAGAAGAAGAAGAAGAAAGAACAUUUCUUUGAAGAUUGAGAGGAGGAUCAGAUAUAAUGACUGAGAGAGAUCAACAGUAACGAGGGCUGCCGGUGUUGAUUUAGGGUUGUUUUCUCUGUGUCUCUCUACACUCUGUUUUGUCUUCUUGCCAUGUUACUAUCUAGAAACCAUAAAAGGGUGUCUGAGUUCUCUGAAAUGAUUGCCAAACUUAAUCACUCUGUACUUUUCUCACCUGUUGGCUAUGACAAACCCAUAACUAGGCAAAACCCAUCUUUCAUUUUGUUUAAAGUUAGAAGCUUUUCCACUUCUACGCUUACCAAUGAUGCUAAAGUUACUGUUACUGAGUUAGCAAAAUCACCCAAUUUCACUCCCCGAUUCUCUCGGAUAGCUAAGAAUGAAGCUCAAAACGUGCUCUUUGAUUAUUUGCACUGUACUAGGAGCUUCAGCUUCACAGACGCUGAGCACAUUAGCAAGAACUCCCCUCGUUUUCUUCAGACUUUGAUAUCCAAGAUUGAUACUGACAAACAUGUUGCUCACUCUUUAACUAAAUUCCUGCGCUACAAUCCCAUUAAUGAGUUUGAACCCUUUUUUGAGAGUUUGGGUCUCCGUCCAUCUGAGCUCUCAGUGCUUCUCCCGCGACACUUGAUGUAUUUGAGUGAUGAUCAUGUUAUGCUUGACAACUUUCAUGUUUUAUGUGAAUAUGGAAUCCCGCGUAGUAAGAUAGGUAAAAUGUACAAGGAAGCUAAGGAGAUGUUUGGAUAUGAUUAUGGGAUAUUGGCUUUAAAACUUCAAGCUUAUGAAAAUUUGGGUUUGAGUAAAUCAACAGUUAUUAAGCUCAUUAGUUGUUGCCCCUCACUUUUGAUUGGUGGUGUUAACUGUGAAUUUGUCAAGGUCCUUGAAAGAUUGAAGGAAUUGAGGUUUGAAAAUGAUUGGAUUGGAGGAUGUUUAUCUGGUAAAAGCACCUACAAUUGGAACAGAAUGCUUGAUACUAUGGAUUUUCUAGAUAAAGUGGGCUAUACUCAGGAGCAGAUGCACCAUUUGUUUAACACAAAUCCUGCAAUACUGUUUGAAGGUUCUGGGAAGAAGGUGUAUAUCUUGUUUGGUCGAUUACUCAAAUUGGGUCUCAAGUUGAAUGAGAUCUAUUCUCUGUUUAUACAAAAUCCCAACAUUUUGUCAGUUAAGUGUAUAAAAAAUCUUUUGCAAGCAAUGGAUUUUCUACUUGAGAUUGAAAUGGAGACAGAGUACAUUGCAAGCAUUAUAUCUAACCACAUACAACUUCUGGGUUCACGUACUUUGAAAGGACCUAGAUCUGUCUGCAAAGAAUUGAAAGUUGGAAGAGAUGGUCUAUGUCAAGUUAUAAAGGAAGAUCCACUGAAGCUGUUCAAUUUGGUGUCUAAAUCAAAAAUAAAGAGCAAUGAGCAGGAAUCUUCCCAAGUUCCUAGUAAACACCAGGAGAAAACUACAUUCUUGUCAAGAUUGGGGUACAUGGAAAAUUCGGAUGAGAUGAUGAAAGCUUUGAAGCAAUUUCGAGGCAGAGGGGAUCAACUACAGGAGAGGUUUGAUUGCCUGGUACAAGCUGGUUUGGACUACAACAUUGUGACAAAUAUUGUUAAACAAGCUCCUACGGUUCUUAACCAGUCCAAAGAUGUUAUUGAAAGGAAGAUUGAUUACUUAAGAAACUAUUUGGGUUACCCAUUGGAAUCUGUGGUGUCAUUCCCCGCAUAUCUAGGUUAUGAUAUGGAAAGAAUCAGUCAAAGAUUUUCAAUGUAUGUUUGGCUGAGGGAGAGAGGUGCAGCAAAGCCAACCUUGUCUUUGAGUACCAUCCUUGCAUGCUCAGAUACACGCUUUGUAAAAUAUUUUGUUGAUGUUCAUCCCGAAGGUCCAGCCAUGUGGGAAAAGAUAAAGAAUCAUUCACCUUCCAGCUAAGAAGUCCAUUGGAAGCAAUUGUUUCAUGUAGAGAAUUUCUUGCAUAAUUCCUGGAGAACAGAACUUUGAGAGUAAAAUGUGAGACCAUAGUUAGAUUAUGUCAGCAGGUGUUGAUGUGAAGGUCAUACUUCAAUUGGUGUUUAUUGUCAGAAUUUUCUAGAAUAAGCAUACGUUUCUUUGCCCUUUUCAGGAGUAAGUAAUGUUAAUUACUUAAUUUUGUCUCAAGGACUGGAAUGAAGAACUACUUUUUAGGCCUGUAAAGAAAAACAAAGAAAGAUAAUUUUGUUAAAGUAGCAAAAACGACUAGAAAAGGGCAGUUGAGUUUUCAGAAUAUCUUUGU